GUGCGACAUGUGUAUCACGGGACCGCAAUCGCGAUCGGUCACGUCUGUCACAACCAUCGAAGUCGAACCAACUUUAGCCUCUGCCUCUGCGUCGUGCUCACAACCUAUCCACGCCCCUCUCUACUCUGCGACGAUGAGUACGUCGGCAACCGCGAAGGUCAAGGUCAUUGCCCGUUUGCGUCCAAGCGGGCGCGGAGAGCAGCCCGACCCUGGGGUCCGCAUCUGCCACAACGAGCCUAGCAACUCGUCAUUCACCAUAGUCAACAGCAGCGGGAAUACUAGUAUCAGCGACAGUACGUCGACGACGCUGUUCACCGGUGUGGCGGUGGUCAACCCGCGUGACCCGACGCAGAUGUUUCGAUACCCAUUCUCUAGCUGUUACGGGCCGGAGGCUACACAGGAGUCGAUAUUCGAGACUGAUGUGCUGCCACUUCUCGACGUGGCGUGGUCGGGCAUCACGGUGACUAUUUUCGCAUAUGGCGUUACUUCCUCCGGCAAGACACAUACCAUGCAAGGCACUGAAGAAGCUCCCGGCGUGAUACCACGCGUUGUCAACACCCUCUUCGACCGUGCUUCCUCCUCCGCAACCCGCUCCGAAAUUGCCGUCUCCUACAUCGAGAUCUACAAGGACGAUGUUUAUGAUCUACUGGUAGAAAGGGAAAACGCUCCCAAACUACCCGUGCGGGAAAACGAUGCGGGCCAAGUUUUCGUUGCGGGCCUACUCUCGACUUCUAUUUCCAGCACUGCCGAAUUCGACUCGCUCUAUAGCACCGCAACGAAACGCCGGUCGGUUGGCGCAACAUUGCUCAAUCGUGCUUCUUCGCGAUCACACUCUGUCCUGACCUUGUAUCUGCGAGCUCAAGAAGGGGACAGAAUCCGCGAAGGGAAGAUCAACCUUGUUGAUCUUGCGGGGUCGGAGAACAACAAGCUCACUGGCAACGAUGCCUCGCGCAUGGCUGAGAGCUCUGCUAUCAACAAGAGCCUGAGCGUGCUUGGCCAGGUUGUCCAUGCCUUGAACACAGGCGCUUCCCGCGUCCCAUAUCGCAAUGCGAAGCUGACGCGUAUACUUCAAGAUGCACUCGGCGGCUCGUCUGUCGGACUGCUUAUUUGCAAUCUAGCCCCAGGCACCAAGUUUAGACAGGACACAUUGAACACUUUGAAAACGAAGAAUAUCGAGAAUAAGCCUGUGGUCCACGAGAAAGCUACUGUUCCACCACCCAUCAUACCCCCACCAGCAGUGUUGGCCGUAAAGCCUGUUUUAGGAAACCGACAGGGUACCCGUCCGUCUCUUGUGCCUCGUCCUGCUUCGCGGGUAUCCUCCUACGGACUUGGUAACCAUCGCACGUCAAAUUUCGGUCUCGACGCCGGGAAAGAGAACCUCUUGGGCAAAGUAGUAGCCAAGGUCAAGGAGAAAACACCCGGGUUGAGCGAGGCUGAAAUCGAUGCCAGGAUUUCACGGGCUGUAGAAGCUGAGGUGGCUCGGCGUGUUGCAGAGAGCCGGCAGCAAUGGGAAGAGGAGCGGGCUCGUGAACGAGAGAAGGAACGGGCGGAGCGAGAAGCUGAACGGGAACGAGUAGAGAAGACGAAGGAAGCCGGCCCGAGUCGGAAACGGCGGCAUGAGUUUGACGACGACGGGAAUGUUGACCAGAUGAUCCGCCGACACCAUGAUCUGGAUGAUCAAUUGCAAGCGCGGUUGGCCGAGUUGGAGCGAAAGUUUGAACGCGGUAACCCGGAAGCUAUGACCGGAGCCAUGUCUCCAGUCUCCAAGAAGAAAACCGGUCGUGCUUAUGUUGCAUUGGCUAGAAUGCACCAAGACAAGGGAAAUCUUCAGGUUGCUCUGGAUUUGUACAAGCGGGCGGAGACGUAUGUGCCUGACAAUGUCAAGCUUAAAGAAAGGUGGAUCCUGUUUCUUGUGCACGUCUUCCUGUGUCGCGCCGCUGCUUCUUCGACCGCACCUGCGAGUAAGAGUCGUGCUUCUGGCCUACAGGAACAGCGCUUGGGACCAGUGGAAAGGGCACCGAUCAUCGAGGUCGAAUGGGCUGUCAAACACGACAAACCGUUCAAGCCUUCACCGAAGAGGAAUAAGAACAAGAAGGCCCGACGGGCUCAGACGCCAGUCGAGAUGGAGAUCGACCCGGGCCAUCAUAUUCUCUCGGACGACCAGAUGGAAGUGGACGCGAUCGCGACGUCGUUGGUCGGCAGAGCCCCGACUGAGCGCACGAACAUUGUGCAUGAAGACCAACCGAUGGAAACACCUGCCAAAAAGCCAAAGCGAACAGUUAUAGACAAGGCGAAAGCUGUACUGCACGAGGAGGAGAAUACCGAAGACAACACUGCACCGAGGAAGACUUCACGGCUUGCAGUCUGA